AUGACUUGGCCUGAGAAUGUCUCUAAACUUAGUAAUGAUGAGAUUUAUGAUAAGUUGAAAGGAUGUAUUUUUGGUGCUGCAUUAGGAGAUGCAGUGGGUCUUGCUACCGAAUUUUUGAGUAAGAAGAAUGCUAAAAAAUUGUAUGGUGUUGGUCCUAUAUCUUUUGGUAGUGAUAAAGGUUACAAAUUUUAUGCCGAUAGGCAUAGAGAAAAGUGGUAUGUGGGUGAAUGGACUGAUGAUACUGACCAACAACUCCUUAUUAUCGAUUCUUUACUUUGCUCUAAUGGCAUAUUCAAUACACGAGAUUUUGCAAAGCACUUAAGCAAAUGGGAUGAAAAUGGCUACCCAGAACUUGGAAAUAAGCCACCAAAUGGAAUCGGUAAAACUGUUGGUUCCGUGUUGAACCAUUCAAAGUUCAAGAGGCUACCACAUAGUGCUGCUUGGGAUGUAUGGGUUAAAUUUAAUUGUAACAUGGCCGCGAAUGGUGCUUUAAUGCGUACUGCAAUAUUGGGUAUUCCGUUCUUUUGGGAUGAAAAACAAGUGAUAAAACAAACUUUACAGGCCACUAAAACUACUCACGCUGACCCAAGAUGUUGUGUUUCUAGUGUUAUUGUUACUAUUUUAAUUUCAAGAUUAAUUCAAGGAAAUAUACAAGACGUCAUUCCAGACUUAGAUGAUUCGACAAAGCAAGAUAUAUUGUCAUGGAUACAAUCUGGAAGUCCUAACAAUAAGAUUGAUGAUAAUAUUGAUAAUGAUGAUCUUCCAGUGAAUGGUGAAUCGUCAAAAAGAACGAGCUUUGUCAAGCAAGUAGCAAACAAAGUAGGAACCUUUUUUUCUGAUAAAGAUAACCGACAUACAUUAUGGCUUGAACGACAGCAAAAAAUCCGUGCUAGUUUAAAUAGCUCAAAACAAGACCAUCAAGAAAUUCCAAAAAUUCCAGAUCCUUUACCUCCUGGCAUGGACACAUUUGGUGCUGACCCUGAAAUAUUGGCAUUAACAAAAUCUGUAGUUGAUAGGUAUAAAUUCAUGAUAAACGGCAUCAAUGUAGCAGCACUUAACAAAACAGAACCUACGAAAGGUUCUAAAUUCAGUAAAUUUCAGACAGAUAUGAGCGAGAAUUCUCUCUUACAACAUUGUUUUCCCGAUACUUUGGCUGCAUUAAAAUUGGAUGAAUCUCCAAACAUUGGAUAUGUUUAUAAAUGUCUUGGUGCCGGGUUAUAUUGCUUUACGAGAAAUUUGAAUCAGCAAAGUAGUGAAGGUGAUGCUUUUAAAAAAAUUAUUACGGAGCUGAUUCUGGAAGCUGGGGACGCUGAUACGAAUGGGGCAGUGGCUGGAGCUCUAUUAGGCACCAGAAUUGGAUAUAAUAAAUUGCCUAAAGAAUGGGUUGAAGGUUUGAAAUUUAAAGAUUGGCUAGAAAAGAGAGUUGAUAGUCUUUGGGCUAUUUUAUCUAAAGUUCAUAAGGAUAACGUUGUUGUGGUUGCAGAGGCCGUUCAUGAGUUCAAUAGACUUUUAAUUAAUGGAACGACCAUUCAUUUAAGUACACUAAUGCCGACAUCAAUAUAUGUUCAUGAUGAUGUGUUAUCAUUCAAUCUUAUAGGUUUUGAUGAAGAAAAUGUAGGAAAUGCAUUGCCGGAACUACCUCAUGAGGCCGUCAAACCGUGA